GCCAAUCAGUCCAGCCAACCAGACAAAACACACAACAAAAUAUAGUUAACAUGGAAAGAAGAAUGAAGUAUUCGCUUAUAGAAGAUGAAGCAGCAAGAAAAGUUUUAUUCUACGAGAGAAAACGAGAGAUAAUAAAGAAGUUAUCCGAGCUCUCUACUCUCUGUGGUGUCAAAACGUGUGGGGUUAUCUACAGUCCGUAUAACCCAGAACUUGAGGCUUGGCCAUCAAGAGAAGGCGCUGAGGGAGUGAUCACGGAGUUUAUGGAGGUUCCGGUGGCCAAACGGACGGAGAGGAUGGUGAGUCAAGAAGCCUUUUUGCGUGAGAGGAUCGCCAGUGUGCAACUGCAAUUGCAAAAAUUGCGUGCUGAAAAUCGCGAUUUUCAGAUUCAAAAUAUUAUGUUUGGUUGUCUCAGAGGAGAGAUUGAUAUGUCUAACCUCGGUGAGUUGGAUAACCAAGACUUGACUUCUUUUAUUGAUAAGUGUAUCGAUAAACUUAUUUGUAGGGCCAAGCACCUCAGGGAGAAUGGUGAAUCUUCUUCUCCUUUAUCUCUUUUACCACCUUCACGUCCUCUUGUUGUUCCAGAUUUAGAUGUUGUCCAAGUCGGAGAUAAUGAUCGUGAGAAUGAGAUUCAAAAUCAUCAGAAUUUGAUUCAACGCCAAUAUGAUUUUCUCAUUGAAUAUUAUGAGGAUGAAGACGUUCCUUCCAUGGAGGGGAGCCACCCACCAACCUACAACUGAUCGUCUUGCUACCACCCCUACUUAUGUUUGUGCUAUGUAACAAGCUUGAAUCUUAAGGGGAGUUGUUUUCUUUGUGGGUGAAGUAUUGAAUGGUUUGCAUUUGUGUUUUUUUUCAUCUUAAGGAUUUUCUGUGUAAUAUCUUUUUAAUUUUCUAGUCUUUUCCCCUUAUUGUAAUAAUAAAAAGUUUUUGCUUUUAAGUUCUUUGUUAUGUUAUUUUGAUUACUUGGUAA